UCAACUAUUAUUACUUCACUAAUAUGUUUAAUAUAUUGGAAACUAACCAAUAAUUUAAAUUACUGGACUAGACUGGGCAUUCCGGGACCGAAACCGUAUCCAUUGAUCGGUACCUUAAUCUACUCGUUUCUAACGCCUAUCGUUGAUAUUGAGAUCAAAUGGUUUCAAAAAUAUGGUCCGAUUUACGGACUAUUCAACAAAACCAAACCAAUGGUCAGUGUCGGCGAACCGGAACUAUUGAAACAAAUUCUGGUCAAAGAUUUCCACUUAUUUACCGACCGUAAGGAUCGUUUGGCCGAUCAUCCGGUUAUCAGUAAAAACCUAUUCAACUCUACGGGCGACGACUGGCGCCGAUACCGAUCCAUAUUGAGUCCAACCUUUUCAAGCGGUAAAAUGCGUCAAAUGUUUCCGAUUAUACGGGAAUGUCUGGACGGGUUUGAACAGGCAUUACACGAGAGGACAGGUAGUACUAGUAGUAGUAGUACUACUACUAGUAGACCCGUAACAAUCAAUGCCAAAGAGUGGACAUCCAGUUUUACAAUGGAUGUUAUAGCUAGCUGUGCAUUCGCUACUAAAAUCCAGGCCUACGACAGCACCGGUAGGUUGUCAACCAUCACUAAUCAAUCGGUCAACAAUCCGUUUGUCUAUCACGCCCGACGGCUGCUAUCCAUUCGCUGGUGGUCAAUGUUGGCAAUGGCUAUACUACCCAAACGGGUAUUGAUGGCCAUUGGGCUGAAAUGGCCAGUCCCUGAACGACACAAUCAGUUUUUCUUUGAUCUGACCCGCAGUGUUAUCCGGAAGCGCAAACAGCUGGCCGACGGCACAGGUAGUCAACAACCAAAGUAUACAGAUUUUAUACAACUCAUGAUGAAUGCAGAGAUGAUUGAUAGUAGUAGUGGUGGUAGUGGUGGUGGUGGUGUUGGCGAUGAUGACCUAAACGAUACUACCGAAGCUCAUCACGUCAACGAUGGCAAUGAAGAGCAGGAAAUUGAGCGGAAAAUAUUGUCAACGGCGGCGGCGGCCGCGGCCAACAACAAACACCAACAACAACAAAAACGACUGACCGAAACGGAAAUCCAGGCUCAGGGAUGGGUAUUUUUUUUGGCCGGCCGCUGGCUUAUUUGAUGUACGAGCUGGCCAUGAAUCCGGCGGUUCAGGAUCGGCUCCUGGAUGAACUGGUCCGGGCAUUUG